GUGAAGAAGCCUAUCCAACUCGUAAUUACGCUACAAAGUUUCGCCACGGCAGAAAUUUACCCACCAAUUAUAAUGGCGUUAUAUCUGUCUUGACCAAACACCAGAUGACAUGCAGUUGAUAACGGAACUGAAAGUGCCCCCCUCCCUUAUUGGACUUUUCUAGCAGAGUUGCUCGUCGCCAGGUUGGCAUUUCUGAUUGAAACAGGAAAAGGAACGCGUCGCAAUGGAUAAAUUCAAGGUUGUGAUGAACUUGCUCCAAAAACGGCAAACGACCCUUGGAUUCGGUGCGAUUCCGUUACUGACAGCGGGCGCGGAGCAUGCGUUUUCUAAUUUUGCCUUCAGGUGUCCCUGUAGCGAGUGGAACUUUCUCUAUGGGACUGUGUCACUUCUUGUGCCGGCCGCGGCUUUGCUUAUACUCGGGUACAUGUUAAGCAACAAAACGUGGAAGCUUUUCACAGGUUUGUGUCUGAAGAGGCAUAAACUUUUCCGUUUCAAAUACUUGUGCGGCUGUUUAACUGUUUUUACUCAGAUCACAAUGACCGCUAUGGUGGCACCUGUCUCCUGGAUCGCAAUAGCGCUUCUUAACGGUGUUUAUUUUGAAUGUAUAGUGACGGGCACUAAUAUCACUCAGUUGAAAAGCUACCUGUGCAGUGACAGAUCAGACAGUUGCAGGACACAGCUCUACAAGUUGCCGUGUGAUAGGACAUCGAUGUCGGCGGCGGACAGAGAAGCUGUCCUUACAACCAUACGCGCGCAGUCUCAGAUCCUGGGCUGGUUGGUGAUCGCCUCCAUCAUGUUCUUCUCCCUGCUGUUCACCUGUCUGGCCAGGUGCAACUCUCCAGUGAGCUACCUGCAGCUCAAGUUCUGGAAGACCUACUCUCAGAAGGAGAACAACUUCUUUGACAGCUAUGCCACGGAGCACGCCAAGAAGCUCGCCGAAAGGAACAUCAAGAGUUUCUUUGAACUGAGCACGCCAGAACCUCAGCCGACUCCUCCGAAGAUCGCCUGGGAAAAGGUCUCCAGCUUCUACAAGUUCAGGACCAUGGAUAAGUAUUACAGCACAGUGCACAAGUACGUGGAGACUUGCAAGAACCCUGAGAACCCCGCGAGAGUCCUGUCAACAAAAUCAGGCGAGGGGGAUCUGGUCAAUCCAGCGGCCCUGGCCUUUUUGGAUGAGGGCAUGAUGCUGUGAGGGACUCAGAUCCAAAAAAUUGUUGUCAGUCUUUUCCUCAAUGCACUCCAUUUCCAUGUGAUGUGAUUGUUUUUAAAAUAAUGUUUGGACAUUCUUCGAAGACUUUAUACGGAGGAAGAGUGUUUCUUCAGUGAUCAUGCCAUUGUAUGUCAAAUCAUUAAGCUCAGGUAUAUUAUGCAACGUGUCAGUUUAUGGUAAUGAUAAAGUUUACAAAGACAUACCAAGUUUGUGCCUUAUGUGCCUUAAUGGAAACGUACAGCAUAAAAGAUUCUUUGUUCUAUCUGCUGCAAAAUCCUGCUGUUUUUUUCUGUAUCUGUGGUCUGAUUUUCUUUUUCUACUUCUCCCUCUUGACUUCCUUCUAUUCACAUCUCUUCUGAUUUGGUCUAUGGUGGCGUAGCACUUCGAGAUCAUUGAGUUGAUGUAAAGUGCAUUAGAAAUAAAAUGUUAUUAUUAUUUAUUAUUAUUGUUUCAGGCCUCACAUCCGUCCUGUAGGUUUACUGUAUGUAGUGAGACUGUGAGAAAGACAGGUGAGGCUUAAUAUGUGCAUUAAAACACAGCAUUAAAUGUGCAAUGUGAACUUGAAUGAAAUUUGGCCAGUAGCCUACAGUAUAAGUGUAAAAACGUAAUACGAUAAUGCAGAUAUGCACUCAGUGAGCUGAUAGGAUUUCCGAUGUUCUAAGUGAUUGUUUUUCUUGGUUGUCAACUCAGUUUCAGUUCCACUUCCUCGGAACUUCCUGUGUGAGUAAAGGCAAUCGUGUUCAAACAGAUUUUAUUAAUGGGACAAUUGUGAGUGGUGUAUCGCAAUAAAUGCUGCACCAUGAUCUGCAACGUAUGCAUCAAAUCAUCCUAACAUAAGGAUCAUAACAUUUGAUCUAUUUUGACAUUAAAGAGAUCUGACCUGGUAUCAAUUUUUUA